AUGUCGGCCUUCAGUCGCAACUUGUGCAGCACCGCAUCACGAACUCUACGCCAGCGCUCAGCCAUCAGCUGCAGAGCAGUGAGGCCAAUUGCUCUCCGAGCCGUGUCUACUACCCCUAUUACUACCCGGGCUGCCGUUACGGCUCCCUUCUCUACCAUGUCCUCGCUGAGGAGCGCUGCCCCGCCGGUGGCUAGCAAAAGGGAGUACGACCAAGAGAUCAAGGAUGUAGCAAGCUACGUUCACAGCACGCCGAUCGACUCGGAGCUUGCGUUCGACACCGCCCGGUGGGUCUUCAUCGACACCCUGGGCUGUGGGCUUAAGGCACUUGAGUUCGAGCAAUGCAGGAACAUCCUCGGGCCCGUUGUGGAAGGUACAGUUGUCCCGAACGGCGCAAAAGUGCCCGGCACAAACUACCAGCUCGACCCCGUAUUAGGUGCCUUCAACAUCGGCGCCAUGAUCCGGUGGCUGGACUUCAACGACUGCUGGCUGGCUGCCGAGUGGGGUCAUCCUUCGGACAACCUGGGCGCCAUUCUCGCAACUGCCGACUGGAUCUCGCGGACAAAUAGGGCUGGUGGCAAGCUCGGCAACGGUAAGAUCCUCAAAGUGCGCGAUGUGCUUGAGGCUAUGAUCAGGGCACACGAGAUCCAGGGCUGCAUGGCCUUGGAGAACUCGUUCAACAAGGUUGGCCUCGACCACGUCGUGCUCGUCAAGGUCGCCUCCACGGCUGUCGUGGCCAAGAUGUUGGGCCUGAACGAGGCCCAGACACGCGAUGCCGUUUCUCAGGCGUGGUGUGAUGGCCAGUCAAUGCGAACCUACAGGCAUUCGCCCAACACCAUGUCCCGCAAGUCUUGGGCGGCUGGUGAUGCUUGCGAGAAGGCUGUGAACCUCUGCCUGAAGGUCCUCAGGGGCGAGGGCGGCAUGCCUACUGUCCUCUCUGCCCCCACAUGGGGAUUCUACGACGUGAACUUUGGUGGAAAGCCUUUCCAGUUCCAGAGGCCGUAUGGCAGCUAUGUCAUGGAGAACGUCCUCUUUAAGGUGUCUUAUCCUGCCGAAUUCCACUCGCAGACCGCCGUUGAAGCUGCGCAGCGCCUCAACAAGAAGCUGAAAGCGAUGGGCAAGACCGCUGCAGAUAUCGAUAGCGUCGUUAACCGGACGCACGAGGCCUGCAUCCGGAUCAUUGACAAGCAGUUCAAGCCCAUGGAGAAUUUCGCUGAUCGUGACCACUGCGUUCAGUAUAUGGUCGCUACCAUGUUCGUGUUCAACCGUCUGGAGGCCACGGACUACCCCGAUGACAGCGAGGCAGCCACCUCGCAGCUCGUCGAGUCCCUACGGCAGCGUAUCUCCUGCGUGGAAGACCCGCAGUUCACCAAGGAUUACCAUGACCCAGAGAAGCGCACUAUUUCCAACGCUCUCACCGUGAAGCUAAAGGACGGCACCGUCCUUGAAGAAGAAGUCGUCGAGGCUCCUUUGGGCCACCGCCUGCGACGUGAGGAAGCGAAGCCUGAAAUACUCGCCAAGUUCAAGAGGCAUCUCGGACCGCAUUUCCCAGCAGAGCAUGUCGAUAAGCUCGUCAAGCUUGGCCAGGACGGGAAGACGUUGGACGCGAUGGACGUUGACCAAUACGUCGAUCUCUAUGUGAAAAAUUAA